UUGUAGCUCCCAACGCCUACUUCCGUACACAAUGAGUAGUUUGAGUAGUUUUGACUAUUUUGUCUUCGCACGUUUAUAGUUUUCUGAAUCCAGACAAAUAAUCAUGAAGGUUUUGAGGCUGUCGACACAUCCAGCCUCAGUGGCUUACUGCAUGACGACACUCGGCUCCAGCAUGAUGAACAGCAUGUUUAGUUUUUAUUACGUCAAACUCUUCCUGAACAAAUACAACAUAUCAGAGGGAGAUUUCCACAAGUCUCAGGUGGUGUACAUGAUCUGGAACGCGCUGAACGACCCGCUCUUCGGCUACCUGCAGGACAACUCUCGCAUUCCAUGCUGCUCUCAGCGCCGGAUGUCCAUCCUGUAUGGCGCUCCUUUCUACAGCCUGGCCUUUCUGCUCGCCUGGUUCCCGUGGCGAUCGUACGAGGCGGGCGACUGGCUGAGCGGCAUGCACCUGGUCAUCACGCUGUGUGCCUUUGACGGCAUGCUGACCUUCGUGCUCCUGGCCCAGUGCGCCCUCUUCGCCGAGAUCUCGGAGAACCACCAGAUCCGGCUGAGGCUCAUCAAGUACAGCCAGGUGGCGUCUCUUAUCGGCUCGUCCAGCGUGCUGUUCUGUGGCCUCAUCUCCCAAAACAUGGACGACUUCUUUGCCUUCCAGGUCUUCUGCGUCUUGGUGGCGCUGCUAGGAUGCGCCUGCAUGAUCUACACGGGCUUCUACAGCGAGAGCCGCUUUGACGCGAAGGUCACCGAGGUCAGCUCGCAUCAGCCUCCUCUGUCGCUCACCGCCGUGUCAACCAUGACCAAGCAGAUCCUCACCAAUCGUGACUUCCAGCUGUUUGUGAUCAUGAACUUCUUCCAGGUUUUCCUCUUGGCCUUCUUUAACAACUUUGCCAUGAUCUUCGCGGACCACCUCAUCCCACCAGACGUCCUGCCGUGGCUGGCCAAGAGCCUCAUGUACGGAGCCGGAUUUAUCUGCCCCCAGUUACUGGUGUUGUGCAGUCAGAAUCUGCUGCAUGUGUUGGGUUAUUACCGCAUCGUCCUCAUCACAUUUGCUGUGGAAGCAGGAGGGGCAAUGAUGAUGCUGCUGCUCGGCGCCGGACACUACUACUGUCUCGCUGUGUUCAUCACUGUCAACAUGAUUUUGGUCCAGGCCUCUUUCAGCCUCUUUAACCUGCCGCUAGCUGACAUCAUCGACUCUGACCUGCAGAAGUACAAGCGCAGCUCUCCGCUUUCAUCGAUGGUUUUCGGGACCAACGCUCUCUUCACCAAACCCGCACAGUCUUUAGCACCCAUGCUGGUGGUCUCCAUUUUAAACCAGUAUGGCUACGAGGAGAUGAAGGUUGGGAACGUGACAGAUCAGAGUGCCCUGGAGGCUCUCCACACCACCAUGUUCUACCUGAUCUGCUUGGUACCGCUGUGCAUCACCUCUCUGCAGUUUCUCUUCUGGAAGCCUUUCUCCAUCAGAGAGAGUCACACGACUGACUCAAAGUACAUAGAGGGAUGAUUUCACGAAGAACCACCGACAUUUCCAUCAAUAUAAUUACAUCAGUGUACUUUUCUUUUAGGACAUAUAUUUUAGAAUAUACAGGUUUGGGAAUUUUUUUUAUUUUAUUUUAUUAGUACUAGGAUUUUGAAAUACUACUGAAACAUUAAUACGGAUGCACUUGAAAAUGGCAGAUUUUUCUCAUCCAUGCGGUAAUGUUUAUAAGACAAAAACAACAAAAUGUGACUUUUAUUCUCUUGGUGGUGGUACAGGAGAUCUUGAGACGAUGUGAAUGUGGCGUGGGGGAUGUGGAAUGAGGGAUGUCUAGUGUUAAUUCUAGCGGUUUUUUUUACGGGGAAUGCUAAUAUCAUGUGCUAGGAUUCAGUAAAAAUUAAAAUGCCUGAAGCACAGACAAAAUAUCACUACUAUGACAAUCGUUUUAAAUAUCAUUUAAAAAGCAAAAUACAAAGUCUCUUCAUAUUAAAUAAGAGGCCAAUUUUUCACAGUAUGUAAUAAAAUAUUCAUCAAUAUGUGUUAAAUAUUAACAUACAGUAUUCAGGUAGGAUAUAUAACAGACAGACAACGAACAAACAAAGCAACCAUAAUCCAGUUCAAACAGAAAUAUUAAUAAUCUUUAUCUGGGCUCCAUUACGUAAAGGGGGCCAAUACUUUUGGAGAUUGAUUAUUAAAAGACUGACUGGAGUUAUGAUCAUGUUACAAUCUACAUUACUAUGUUAUUCAUUACAUUAAUAUCACCUAGUCCUGGAGCGUGACAGGUGGAAUAUAUUUACCUGUUUUUCUCUUUUUAAAUAGAAGGUAAAAUGUGGUUUUACAUCAUCACUAAUGUCCUAAAAACACAAUAGUAAUAAUGACAUUGCAGGCUCUUUUAAUAAAUAUAGAAAUAAAAACAAUCAAACAAACAAAAAAUCCACCAAAUUAUGCCAAUUUGCACGCCAUUACAUCAAGGGUGCCAAUACUUUUGAAGUUGUAUUGUAAAAUUAGCUGAUUGGAUCUAGGGUCAUAUCAAGUCAUGAAAAAGGGGAAAAAAAUUAUCUUUUAUUGGUGGAAGAGAAAAAAAAGACUUUUGAAGACUUUCCUUUUGUGCCCGUUGUUCAGUGCCAGGCACUCGAAUGCCAGUUACCUGCUGAUAGCCACGCCCACAAAAGUCCAUAAAAGGCAAACAGGCAGCUGAAACUCGUCAAGAUUCUAUAGGGUAACAAAGCGCCCCCUUGCUGUACAUCCGCACAAGUCAUUUGUCAUUUGUAGGGGUGGUUAACAUUGUUAGCUAUGUACUGUAUAGUCUUCUAUACUGCUAAAGCAAAGAAAGCUAAUUGUACCGCAUUCUCUUUUAGAGGGUGCCAUUACUUUUGUUCCACCUGAACGGAACGUCUUAUUUUGUCUUAAUUUAUGAAUUUAAAAAUAAAUUCAUACCUGUAUUGAGUUUACGAGGCAUAUUUUCUGUACAAUUAUUUUCUGGGAAUAAAAGGUUUACUCCAUUUGUGUAACAAA